CACCGGGUCUGCGACGCGCAAACCACCGCAAGGGAUCGAUGCUUAGCUCUGCAAAUUUUGAACCCUUAGCGUCAGGGUGGCCACCAUGCGAAAAAGAUUGAGCAAUCCAGCUGUACAGCUGUGCAAUGCCUCCGGACGAUCUUUUCCGGAGCUCCCAACACCUAUUAAACCCCCUCCUUGCUCAAACCACCCCGCUCAACAUGAUGGUGAAGUGACAAUCCACACCAAUCCCCAUCCGCCACCAUGUCACCUCCAUAUCCCACCCCCGAUCACUCGCAGCCCCCCAGUCCGAUCGAGGAUAAGCCUGUAUCUGGACUGUCAUCAGCUGCCAUGUCACGCCGCACCUCUUUCUCGGAUUCCCAACUCGGCGCUGGGAGCAGUCGCCUUGCGUCCACUCCAGCCACGGGGGCGCAAACCCCCGAUCCUCUGCUGGGACCCAAAGUCGCCGUCCCCGCCGAUGUGCUGAAGAAAUUCCCCCAGACCAUCACCCGGCCCCGCGAGGACAUCAGUGAUGAUGAGGAAACCAUCGAGCUGUCGGCCACGGGGCCCCGAUUCCGACGCCCCUCUGCGGCCGUGCACCCCGGCGACAAUGUCUAUGCCGACGAAGCCGGCUCACCACCACCCGAGGCCACCAAGGCUGCUCGACAGGGAGUCCCUCCGGAGUUGUCCAGCUUUGGCGCCGAACUCCUGCUGAUUGCCGUCUGCUCCGUGGGCCUGAUGCUUUUCUCCUUCCUCCUGGGCGACAUGCUGGCCCCGCAGAUCCAGAUCCGGGCCGCCCUGGGCAUCAGCAACACCGAACUGCCCUGGCUGGUGGGCGCCUUCAAUGUUGCCAACGGCCUCUCGGUCGUUGUGUCCGGCUCGUUGACAGACCUCACGCCUCCUCGACCGCUGAUGGUGGGAGCGUUUGGCUGGCUGACGCUGUGGAACCUGAUCGGGGCCUUCUCGCUCUCCCCCUCGCGCCGCAUCCUCUUCUUUAUCGUCCGCGCCAUGCAGGGUCUGGCCAUUGGGGUGCUGGUGUCUGGGAGCAUGAGCAUUCUCGGCCGCGUGUACAAGCCCGGCAUCCGCAAGAACCGCGUCUUCAGCGCCAUGGCCGCCUGUGCGCCUUUCGGGUUCUCCCUCGGAGCCAUCCAGGGGGGUCUUCUCUUCCACCACCUCCCGUGGAUCUUCGGCUCCAACGCCAUGAUCACCGGACUGUGUGCCGUGGCAGCCUUCUUCGCCAUUCCCCCACUGCGUCCCGUGGCCGAUGUGGCCGGCACCGAGGCCCCCUCGAUCAAGCAAUUCGACUACCUGGGGGCGGCCUUCGCCGUGGGCGGUUGCGUGUGCCUUCUCUUCGGCCUGACGCAGGGCGGAGUGACCAAUUGGUCCCCGUACACAAUCGCUCUGACGGUUGUGGGAAUUGUGCUGCUGGUGGGGCUAUUCAUCACCGAACGCUACGUGGUGCGACCCCUGAUACCCAAUCGGCUGUGGAGCACGAAAGGCUUCACCCCGCUGAUGAUUGCCUACUUCCUGGGGUUCGGGUCCUUCUUCGGCUGCUGGCAGUUCUAUGCGAUCCAGUUCUGGCUGCGCAUUCAGCACGCGACCCCCGUCGCCGUGGCGCUGUACCACAUCCCCAACGCGCUGGUCGGGGUGUUUGCGACCUGGGUCGUCAGCCGCACGCUGCACCUCGUGCCGGGCCACUACAUUUACACCAUCUCCAUGUUCGCCUUCACCCUGGGUCCGGCCUUCUUCCUCCCGCAAACCGCUAACACCAUCUACUGGGCGCUCUCCUUCCCCGGCAUCGCCCUGGUGACCUUCGGCCCCGAUCUCGCCUUUGCGGCUGCCUCCAUCUUCAUUACUAGCAACGUGGCGCGCUCGUACCAGGGCAGCGCGGGCAGUCUGCUGGUGACGAACCAGAACCUCAGCUCGGCGAUUCUGACCAGUGUGGCCGAUGCGAUCGGCACGCGCGUCGACCAGACCCCGGAUGGGGAUGUCGGGCUGCAGGGCUUGCGCGCCAUCUGGUGGUUUGCGCUGGGGUGUCAACUGUUGGCGGCGUUGAUCACCGUGACGUGCGUGCGCAUUCCCAAGGAGGAGGAGAAGGAGCAUGUUACCUAGCUCUUUUUGGG